UAUAAUAAGAUUCAGUAGUAAAAAAACAUUAUAUACUAACAAUAUCAGUGUUUUGUGUAUGCUAAUAGUAAAUAAUGAAUACUCAUAAACAAUUCAAAUAACCUUGACAAGGUUUAGUAGGUGUUACUCGUAGUUUUCAAGCCAUAUUUAUAAUAGAAUAAUAUAAUUUAGUUGGAUCUGUACUCUUUACCGACAAAAUGUAUAAGAUUAUUUUGCUAGGAUUGAGUGCUCUGUUCUGGACAAUUGGCCUUGCUGUCACACCAUUACCACCACGGCAGUCCGGAAAAAAUAAUAUUGACUGUUUAGGACCAAUUGCAUUUUCAACAACUGGAAGUGGAAUAGUACAUUCAACAGGUUUAGUAGCAUAUAAAAAUAAUCUUGUUAAUCUGGCAGUAACAUGGGACCGAGAGGUUGGGGUAUUCACAUGUGUUUGUUCUGGCCUUUAUCAAUUUUCAUUUUCAGGCUCCACCGAAGAAAAUACCAGGAUGGUGUUGCAAAAAAAAUCAAACAACAAUAAACAAUGGUCUCCUAUUUUAGCCACUGAACCAGGUGGUGGUUCAGCCACCAUACUUCUGGAAAUCGAAGUUGGAGAUCAGGUAGCUAUAUAUUUGAAUGGGAAUCAAAAAAAAUUCAAGACUAUAAAUGAACAAGGAAUAGAAGUUACAUCAUUUAGUGGACACAGAAUUGCAAAAACUUAAUAGAAUCAAGAUAUGUUUUCAACUAAUACUACUUUGAUGUUGUAUAAUAUUGAAUACUAUUCAAUUUGACACUUA